AUGGAGAAUGGAACUGUGAACAGAGGGAAGCAGCAGCCCACUCCUCCAAAGUUUUCCCGGACCCCCACAGAUGAGAUUGGAGUGCAGGGGGGUGCGGCAUCCUUCGUGUGUCAGGCCACUGGAGACCCCCAGCCCAGAAUCGUCUGGAGCAAAAAGGGCAAGAAAGUCAGCAACCAGAGAUUUGAGGUGAUAGAUUUUGAGGAUGGCUCAGGCUCUGUGUUGAGGAUCCAGCCGCUGCGGACGCCUCGAGAUGAGGCUGUCUAUGAGUGUGUGGCCACCAACAGCGCAGGAGAGAUCAGCACCUCCACAAGCCUUACUGUCUUACGAGAGGAUCAGCUGCCUCAGGGCUUCCCCUCCAUAGACAUGGGCCCGCAGCUGAAGGUGGUGGAGCGCUCUCGCACUGCCACCAUGCUGUGUGCGGCUAGCGGAACGCCCGACCCUGAGAUCACCUGGUUCAAGGACUUCCUCCCCGUCGACACCAGCAACAACAACGGGCGCAUCAAGCAGCUCCGCUCAGAGUCUUUUGGUGGUACUCCAAUCAGAGGUGCACUACAGAUUGAUCAGAGUGAAGAAACCGACCAGGGGAAGUAUGAGUGUGUCGCUACCAACAGCGAGGGAACGCGCUACUCUGCUCCAGCAAACCUCUACGUGAGAGAGCUCCGAGAAGUGCGCCGUGUGCCUCCCAUGUUCUCCAUCCUGCCGCGGGACAGUGACAUCAUGCCGGGCGGCAGCGUGAACAUCACGUGCGUGGCGGUGGGCUCGCCCAUGCCCUACGUCAAGUGGAUGCUGGGCUCGGAGGACCUGACGCCCGAGGACGACAUGCCCAUCGGACGCAACGUGUUGGAGCUCACGGACGUGCGCCAGUCGGCCAACUACACCUGUGUGGCCAUGUCCACUCUGGGGGUCAUAGAGACGGUGGUCCAGAUCACGGUCAAGUCCUUGCCCAAAGCUCCGGGGACACUGAUGGUCACUGAGCGCACGGCCACCAGCAUCACUCUGACGUGGGACAGCGGCAACCCCGAGGCCGUGUCCUACUACCUCAUCCUGUACCGGCCCAAGUCCUCCGAGGACCCCUUCAAAGAGAUUGACGGCGUGGCCACGACGCGCUACAGCGUGGGCGGCCUCAGCCCCUACUCCGACUACCAGUUCAAGGUGGUGGCGGUCAACAACAUCGGGCGCGGGCCCCCUGGCCAGACCGUCGAGGCGCGCACGGCCGAGCAGGCGCCCAGCUCCGCCCCUCGCAAGGUGCGCGGCCGCAUGCUGAGCGCCACCACCGCCAUCAUCCACUGGGAGGAGCCCGAGGAGGCCAACGGGCAGGUGGUGGGCUACCGCGUCUACUACACCAUGGAGCCCAGCCAGCACGUCAACCAGUGGGACAAGGAGAUCAUCCGCGGGGCCAACUUCAUCACCAUCCAGAGCCUGACCCCCAACAGGACCUACUACAUCCGAGUGCUGGCCUUCACCUCUGUAGGGGACGGCCCGCUCUCCAACGACCUGCAGAUCAUAGCCAAGACUGGAGUUCCCUCUCAGCCCACGGAGUUCAAGGCGGAGGCCGUGUCUGAGACCAGCAUCCUCCUCUCCUGGGUGCCGCCGGCUCAGAGCAGCCCAGAGAACCACAUCACUGGAUAUGAGCUCAUUUACAGGAAAAGCAACGAGGCUGAGGAGCAGAAGGUGACCUUUGAGCCCAGCACCAGUUACCUGCUGAAGGACCUGAAGCCCUUCUCCUCCUACACCUUCCAGCUGGCCGCUCACAGUAAACAUGGGGUGGGCGCCUUCACCAGCGAGGUCAUCGCCGACACCCCUCAGACACAGCCCAUGGCCCCUCCUCAGGAAGUGAGGUGCAGCAGCCCCAGCUCCACCAGUGUUCUGGUAAGUUGGCUUCCUCCACCUGAGGGCGGGCGCAAUGGAGAGAUCACGGGCUACUCCAUCACCUACUCCCCACUAGCGGACAGAGACAACGGCACGGCCCAGAGCGCCAGCCUCAACGUCAGCGACCCGCUCCCGCAAGCCUCGACGUUCCUGCUGCAGGGCCUGAGGAAGUGGACAGACUACAGUGUGAGCGUGAGCGCGCUCAACAGGGCCGGCGCUGGACCCCCCAGCCCCGCUGUCAUCGUCCGCACCGAGGAGGAUGUUCCUAGUGGUCCUCCACGUGGUGUACAAGUGGAGGUCAUAAACUCCACAACAGCCAAGGUGAUGUGGCGUUCUCCUGUUGCUAAGCAACAACACGGUCAGAUUCGGGGGUAUCAGGUGACCUACAUCCGUCUGAUCGGAGAUGAGCCUGUGGGGCAGCCCUGCAUGAGAGACCUGCUCACCGUGGGUUCAAAGGGGAAUGAUUCUGGGGAAUAUGAGUUGCUGAUCUCUGAGAUGGUGCCUGAGACGUCCUACAUUGUGUCUGUGGGCGCUUACACCACCAAGGGAGACGGGGCUCGCAGCAAAGCCAUCAUCAUCACCACACCUGCCCCACUGCCGGAGAAGCCUCGUCUGGCGGUGAGCCAGCCCCGCCCAGGCAGCGCCCUGCUCCAGUGGCACCCCCCUCUGAACCCCCUGAGCCCCGUGCUGGGCUACCGGCUGGAGUUCGGCCGCGCCGACGGCCCCCCGCCGCCCGUGCUGGAGCUGCCCGAGCAGGAGCGCCGCUUCUCCGUCUCCGACCUGCAGCAGGGCGCCACCUACCGCGUCCGCCUGGCCGCCCGCAACAAGAUGGGCUUUGGCCAGGAGGCGGCGCUGGAGCUGACCACGCCCGAGGGGCCUCCCGCCGCCUACCCCCCCGACGCACAGGUGCUGGAGGCCAACGCCACCGCCGUCACCCUCACCUGGGGAGAGAUCCCAGCGGGCCAGCGCAACGGCGUGGUGCUGAGCUACCUGGUGUGCUAUCAGGCCAACGGGAGCUUAGGGAACGACUCGGGGGAGGUGUGUGUGUCUGUGGAGGAGCGCACGCUAACGCUCACAGGCCUGCAGGCGGACAGUGUGUACGACGUGAGAGUGUGUGCUCACACCAGCAAGGGCCCCGGGCCCUACAGCCCACCUGUCCAGGUCAGGACAGACUCACUGGAGGAGGAAGUGUUUGCCACAAACUUCCGGGUGAAAGCUGCCAUGAAGUCUGCUGUGCUGCUCAGUUGGGAGACCAGAGAGAAGCUCAACAAAGCCCAGCCUUUCACGAUCCUGUAUGGGAACAGUCAGAGUGUGGAGGUGGACGGCCGUCUGAAUAAGAAGCUGAUCUCCAACCUGCGUCCAGAGACCCAGUACUCGUUCCUGCUGACCAGUCGUGGGCCCAGUGCGGGGGGCCUGCAGCACCGCGUGAGUGCGGUCACCGCCCCCGACCUGCUGCGCACCAAACCACAGCUCAUCGCACGCACCGACACCACGGCCACCGUCACCCUCAAGCUGCCCACACCGCAAGGCAAUGCCAAAGUCAGAGGCUUCUAUAUUGUGGUGGUGCCCCUAAAGAGGCAGAGAGGGGGAAAGUUCCAGAACCCCUGGAGCAGCCCGGAUGACAUGGACCUGGAGGAGCUCCUAAAGGAAAUCAACGGCACCAGUAAGGGUUUGCGGCUCCGACGUCAGGCAGAGCCUCGGCCUUACAUUGCCGCCCACUUCCAGAAGCUUCCAUCCGAGUUCACCCUGGGCGACGGCCGCACCUACAGCCACUUCCUGAACCGUGCACUGCUCAGCGGACACGAGUACACCUGCUUCGUGCUGGCCCUCCUGGAGCUCUCUGAAAACACGGUGUACGCAACUAGUCCCUACUCGGACCCAGUGGCCACCUCGGACCUGGACCCGCAGCCCAUCGUGGACGAGGAGGAGGGCCUGCUGUGGGUGGUGGGCCCCGUGCUGGCCGUCAUCUUCAUCGUCUGCAUCGUCAUCGCCAUCCUCAUGUUCAAGAGCAAACCUGACAGGAAGCGUGCCGAGGUGGAGGGGAGGAAGUGCAGCUUCCCCAGCAGCAAGGCCAUGAGCUCCCACCACCCCACCGACCCUGUGGAGCUGCGCCGCAUCAACUUCCAGACCCCUGGCAUGGCCAGCCAUCCUCCCAUCCCAGUCAGUGAACUGCCAGAGCAGCUGGAGAGGCUGAAAGCCAAUGAUAACCUCCGGUUCUCUCAGGAGUAUGAGUCCGUUGAUCCAGGACAGCAGUUCACUUGGGAGCACUCCAAUCUGGAGGUGAACAAACCUAAGAACAGAUACGCCAACGUCAUCGCUUACGACCACUCUCGAGUGCUGCUGUCCGGCAUUGAUGGUAUGCCAGGCAGCGACUACAUGAAUGCCAACUACAUUGAUGGCUACAGGAGGCAGAACGCCUACAUUGCAACCCAAGGGCCGCUACCUGAGACCUUCUGUGACUUCUGGCGCAUGGUGUGGGAGCAGCACACAGCCAACGUCAUCAUGAUGACCAAGCUGGAGGAGAAGUCCAGGGUGAAGUGUGACCAGUACUGGCCCAGUAGAGGCACAGAGACAUAUGGACUCAUCCAAGUCACUUUAGUGGACACCCUGGAGUUAGCCACAUACUGUGUCAGAACCUUUGCCAUGUUCAAGAAUGGCUGCAGUGAGAAGAGGGAGGUGAGGCAGUUCCAGUUCACUGCCUGGCCGGAUCAUGGCGUCCCAGAGCACCCCACUCCCUUCCUGGCCUUCCUGCGCCGUGUUAAAGCAUGUAAUCCUCCUGAUGCUGGGCCCAUGAUUGUGCACUGCAGUGCUGGUGUGGGGCGCACGGGCUGCUUCAUCGUGAUUGACGCCAUGGUGGAGCGCAUCAAGCAAGAGAAGACAGUGGACAUCUACGGCCACGUGACGCUCAUGCGCUCGCAGCGCAACUACAUGGUGCAGACAGAGGACCAGUAUGUCUUCAUCCAUGACGCCAUUCAGGAGGCCGUCACCUGCGGUAACACAGAGGUGCCUGCCCGCAACCUGUACGUCUACAUCCAGCGGCUGACUCAGAGCGAAGGCCCUGACAAUGUGCCCGCCAUGGAGCUGGAGUUUAAGCGUCUGGCUGGUGCAAAGGCCCACACAUCACGGUUCGUUAGUGCCAAUCUGCCCUGCAAUAAGUUCAAGAACCGACUUGUGAAUAUCAUGCCCUUCGAGUCGACCCGUGUGUGUCUGCAGCCCAUCAGAGGGGUGGAGGGAUCCGACUACAUCAACGCCAGCUUUAUUGAUGGGUACAGGCAGCAAAGGGCCUACAUGGCGACUCAGGGUCCUCUGGCCGAGACCACAGAAGACUACUGGAGAAUGCUGUGGGAGCACAACUCCACCAUCGUGGUCAUGCUCACCAAACUCAGAGAGAUGGGCAGGGAGAAGUGCCAUCAGUACUGGCCAGCCGAGCGCUCUGCCCGUUACCAGUACUUUGUGGUGGACCCCAUGGCUGAGUACAACAUGCCUCAGUACAUCCUCAGAGAGUUUAAAGUGACUGAUGCCAGAGAUGGGCAGUCUCGCACUGUCCGCCAGUUCCAGUUCACAGAUUGGCCUGAACAAGGCGUGCCAAAGUCAGGAGAGGGAUUCAUCGAUUUCAUUGGUCAAGUUCACAAAACGAAAGAACAGUUUGGUCAGGAUGGACCAAUUACAGUGCACUGCAGUGCUGGUGUCGGUAGGACAGGAGUGUUCAUCACACUGAGUAUUGUGCUGGAGCGCAUGCGCUAUGAGGGAGUGGUGGAUAUCUUCCAGACAGUGAAGAUGCUACGCACCCAGAGACCGGCCAUGGUGCAGACAGAGGAUCAGUACCAGUUCUGUUACAGGGCGGCUCUGGAGUACCUGGGGAGCUUUGAUCACUAUGCAACAUAAUAGCCUCUCCUCCCACCUCACCGCCAGGGCAGCUGUUUGGGUAGUCACUUCUAGCCGCGUGCACGCCCCCACCCUACAGCAUGCCUCCCCCUGUGGCAGGACAAUGUGCAAAGCAAAACAGCAUGAAUCUCCCUGCUGCACCCAGAAAACCUGACCAACCAACUCUGACCAAGACUAUACUAAUCCCAGGCUGCUCACCUCAGUCUUGUUUACAGCAACAACAGUAAUAACAGUCACCACUGCCCGCCGUGGCACCACUGUCCGAGAGCUGCCGAGGGAAGAGCUGACCCCUGCACACACAGAGAGUUCUGCUCUCACUGGAAGAGGAGGUGCACUUUGCUUUGACAGUUAGGACAUUUAAAAAGACACCCGCAUGGGGUGCCAGCAGUCGUCUUUUUUCACGUCUGUAUUCUGACCAGUCCAACAAAUCUCACUUCUGCUUCCGUUUAUUUUACUGACAUAUUUUUUUUGGCGGGGAACGCUUUCUUUUAUAACACAGACUUACCACAGAGUAAGUUUAAGUAAUACUAGUUUCUUAUGGGUAUGGGUAGAUAUGAGUAGGUUUAUUUUUAAAGAGGGUGAAACCCAAUGAAUUUGGCUUAACUGGCCAUGUUUGUGAAAGCUCUGUAUACUGACAGAUCUGCUGUCUCUCUCAGUCUGACUCCUUUGCUUUCCUCACACUCAGAAUCAGAUCUAACUCCAGCCUAGGGAGGGUUUGUCUCAGCCUCGCAGGCGUCUGUCAGGGGUGGCCAUCAGUUUUUUGCUGGACUACUGUGGUCUACACUCACUGUUUGCUGAUAUGUUUGAAGCAGUACACAGUUUUUUGUUAGUUUGACAUUGUUGGGAGCCUUUGCUUUUGAUGCAGCGUUACUAUAUGUAUGAGGGUACCAGUUUCUGAUAAGCAUUAAAGAGAAAUCACCUGCUUAAGUACAGUACAGUGAUUCCACCUAAACGAUGUAAUCUGUAUUCUACAGAGUAUGUGGAGACUUGUAUGGUCUUGUGCAUACCUGACAGUUUCUAUUUAACAAUAGGCUUCUUCUUGACCUGCAUUCAUGCAGAAUAUGAUUGACUGGUAACUCAAAUCCAGAUGUUUGAUGGAUUAGUAACUUUAAUACAAUACAGAGAUCAGGCCAAGACGCCGCCACUCUCAUGUUGUGCAAUAAAAUAGAGGUAUUUUAUCCUUGAAUAAUGGUUUCUAAGUAGGAGUACGUUGAGCCCACU